UAUGCGUUGUUCUCACAAAAACCAAUAACGAAAAAAAAAAAAAAAAAAAAAAGAAAAUGGGAAAGGAGCUCGAAAAUCCCGCCACCACCACCACCGCCGCGGCGCAAGAAUAUACUGACGAGAUAGACAGCUGCUGUUCCACUCCGUACGUGAGUGCCCCUUCCAGCCCUGGCCGCGACGCCCCUCUUUCUGGAUAUUACUAUAGUGCCCCCGCCAGCCCCAUGCAUUUUAUGCUCUCUGCUGCAACUAAUUAUACUUCUUCCUCCGCCUCCGCCUCCACAGACGCUAGUGGUUCCUUCGAUUUCGAUUUCUCCGCCACGCUGCCUUCCUCCGGCUGCGCCUCCCCGGAAUCAAUGACCUCCGCCGACGAGUUAUUUUGUAACGGCCAGAUCCGGCCAAUGAAACUGUCCAGUCACCUCCGGCGGCCUCAGCUGCUCGACCCUUUGAUCGAAUCCUCCGACGACGACGUAUCGGAGGAUCAAACCUUCGGCCGCGGGAGAGAGUUGAAGUUCCGAUCCGGAUCUCUGCGGCGGAGGGCCAGAUCCAUGUCGCCAAUGAGGAGCACUACGACGCCGUUUCACCGGGAUACAGACGACGAUUGCAAAAAUAUAGCCAAUACAGAUGAUGACGAUGAUGGUAAAUCACCAAGGACCGACGCCGACGCCGACGCCAACAAUUUGGAGGAGGAGGAAGAAGAAAAGGCCGGAACAACCAGCGAAACGGCGGCGGCGUGCGCUUCCAGGUCAUCGAGUUCGAAGAGGUGGGUGUUCUUGAAGGAGUUUCUUUACAGAAGCAAGAGCGAAGGAAGAAACGAUGGACACAAAUUUUGGGGAUCUUUAUCAUCUUUUUCACCUGUUGUCAAGGAUAAAAAAAUGACGGCGCCAGCGACAAAGACUAAACAGCAAAUUAAUACAAAGACAAGUCUUAAAAGUAAACGAAGAGCCGGGGUGGUGCCGCCAUCGGCACACGAAGUGCAUUAUAAUGCGAAGAGGGCGCAGGCGGAGGAGAUGAGGAAGAAAACAUUCUUACCGUACAGACAAGGACUCUUUGGAUGUUUGGGUUUCAAUUCAAAGAGCUAUGCUGCCAUUAAUGGUUUUGCUAGAGCUACUUUCAACACUACUCCUCCUGUUUCUUCCAGGUAAAACUUAUAAAUUAAAUUAAAUGAAUAUUAUUGGAGAUAUUACUACUUACUUACUAUUAGUGGCCGGAUUUGUAUAGAAAUAAAUGUAAGUCUUUCUUUUUUCUUUUCUUUUUUAUUUAAAUAAUAAAGUUUAUAUAUAGAUGCUCGUCGUGUAUGUAUUGCAGCUUCUAAUAGUAAAGAUCGAGAUCUCUACUGUUUUUGACAUAAUAAAUGUAUGAUGAUGAACACAGUUGAUUUUUUCCUUUCUAAUUAA